AUGCAGCUGCCCGGGUUUGAUAGGUUUGACGAGUCGGUCAUGUUUGAUCUGCUCGAGCUCUACGGCGUGGAAAUGACGGACUUCCGCAGCCUGCCGGAUUUGACUUGGUUUCACGGCAGAUGGCCCAUAGAACGUUUUACGCCGGACAAGGUGCUUCAGGUUACGAAGCAGGUGGCGAGGUUGUUGGUGCUCGGCGCCGGCGUGGCGAACUCCGGGCUGUCCGCCGCCGGUCAGACAUCCAUCCCCGGUUCUGUAGUUGAUCUCCCGGGUGAGGUCGCCAUGUUCGUUCGUUGACGAGGCCACCGAGGUACAGGAAAUCGGUCGUCUGGGCGUAAAUCUGUCCUGCGGCUUCGAUGGACAGCCGUCGAGGCGGGGGGGGGCUAUGGUGUUGUAGUCGGCUUGUCCUUCGCGCGCAUCAAUCAGGAGGAGCGUCUCCGUCUGUCUUCUUCUCCCACACCGUUAGCCCGAACUCCCCGAACACCUCAACGAUGAUAGUCAUCGUACUCGCCAGUCUUUCUGCAGACCUCGAUACGACGCCAGCAUGAUCGGCAUACAGCAUCCCCCAUACUGCCCUCCGUACUCAGUCAAGGGGUGUCUCCUCCCCCCCCCGGGGUUCCGUCUUCCCCUCCUCCAAGCACACCAGGCUCCUCCGUAGAACAAUGUUAUGGAGGAACAAGGAAAUAAAAGGGAAUGGAGCGGGUUCGCUGCUCCUUGCUGGCUCACUGACAGUUGUUGCUGGAUUUCAUGUUUUAUCUUCUUCAUACCUAGCCCGCGUUCCGCGCUUACAAGUCGAGAGUGAGGACGGGGGCUAUAAUCUUAGUCACAGCAACCCACAACGAAAUACAAAAUAUCCAUAUAUAUCCUGAUGUCACCUGUACUGACAGCGAGUAGCAGGCAUCACCCGCAUCAUGUAAGCAUGCAUGUGCAGGCAGCAUCCACGGCCGCCGGUCCAAUCUCCUGGCUCUGCUCUGGGCGUAGUUUAGUCGGCCUACGUCUCUGGCCACGGCCAAAAUAAUAGUUCAUUGUUGCGGUGAGACCACCGCCAUGGGUCAUGAUGUAUGGCCAGCAACAACGCUGAGCAGGUGUUAGGGAAACACUCCGUGACAGAUUCCUUUCUCGUCUGCGUCCUGUCAUUGAGAGGAGUUGCAAACAGAACGCGCAGCUCCGGAAAGCAAAACAUUGUCACAUUCGACCACUGUCAAUCGGCCACUCGGCAGCAUUUGUGGCCGCCGAUGUGGGCCACAGUCUGUCGGUUAAGCGGCCAUUCGGCAACAUUCCAUCUCCAGGGCUGAGCUCGAGGUGUUCCCACAGAAACACCGGGGUUGAGCUCGAGCUGUUCCAACAGAAACACCAGGGUUGAGCUCGAGGUGUUCCAACAGAAACACCAGGGUUGAGCUCGAGGUGUUCCAACAGAAACACCCCGCGCCAGAAUGUUUUGCUCUCCAUGUCUCCGAUUUCCAGGCAAGAAAUAGAUCAUUUCUUUCUAGACUUACGUUGCCGAUUGCGCCAAUGCGCAACCACGGAUGACAGCAGAUAUAUGUGGCACAAUGUCACGCCAGCUAAGGGGCCGGUUGGCAGCUCACCGUCACCAUGUGGACGGGUAGGCACGCAUGACAGAUGCCAAGGCUGUUCCCUCGACCUCGAGGUCUGCACAGAAAACACACACCCGCGGCCGGUUUAUUGUUCGAUCGAUUCCCCUGUUGAAGCAAAAAGCAGGCGGUGAGACAGAUUGCACAAAAUUGUACAACCUACCACGUACAGAACAUGCUGGAUGGAGUGUAGCAGACAGCAACAUGCUACGGCAGGCCAUCAAGCACGGGGCUUGCCACCGAAGGGAUAGGAAGGAAAGGUAGUCUGUACGCACGAGCAAGGGUCACGUGAUCGCAAUCAAGGUAGCAUGUGAUCGAUAAUUCGGGUGGCUCAGUUGUGUGCGAUGGGAGUGUAGAGCAGCUCGGCCAUGACGGGCCGUAGGGGUAGGUAAAGUCGUACAGACGUGUUGUAUCCGUGUUGUCGUGUUGUAUUAAUCGGGGGCGUGCUCGUGCUCGUCAAACCAUCACGGUAUCGAGUCACGCCUUCAUGCUUUCUCACACAAUGAAUCUCUCUGAAUCCUCACCAAAAGCCUCUCACAACCAAGGAAAAUAUGUAGAAAGUUCCUGUUCUUCCGCAUCUCAUCAUUGCAAUAUUCGUACGUACGUACAUAACAUCUCAACCAUCAUACUAUGCUACGAGUAUAUCGAAUAGCCCCCCUGCUCGUAUGCAUCGUCAUACUCCGGCAAAAUAUAAAAGUCAUCCUUUCAUACCAGUUCAUCCCAAAACACAAUCAAAACCAAUAAAACGAAAAUACUUCAAACACGACAAAAGUAUCCAAAUAGCAUACCAACACACGCCUAUCACUCUCGAGACUCGCUCUCUUCCGAAAAUUCUCAACUCAAACUCUUUCAUCUAGAAAAAUAUGACGAACGCCGUUCGUUCGAAGACGCCUUUCCUUUCACCACCAAUUCGUCACAAUAUCUCGGGGCGUCUCUAAAUCCGCCUAGCUAGACAUCCUACCAUUACCAAGAUGUAUGCAAUCCUAAGACAAAUUAUUCCAUUAAUCCACCAAACCUUCGUCCGCAGGUAAAACGCGAAGAAGUAAUAUCUCCCUGAAAUACUCAAAAUAUAUCAUGAAUGUUCGGUGAAGAAAUGUCAGCAACGCCAUUUCGUUUGAAAGAAUAUAACGUGCCCCCCUGCUCCGAGGAUCCGCCCCCCUGCUUUGUGAAGGGGUCGGAGUCAAGCCGAAAAACAAUACGAGAGGUGCCGAAAAUCAUAACAGUACUUCUGAUCCUCUCAUCCACACUUCAAUCAGAUCUGAAAAACCAAACCCAAGCUCAAAUCAAACAAAACAAACGCCAAAUCUCAAACUAACUCAAAUUCAAGAUGAACCUCAAUGCGCCUACUUUUCCAGCCAUAAACCCCAGCGCAUUGGACCACUGCCCCUGCCAUUGUUUCUCCCCCGUGGAUUUUCGCUCGCCUCCGCCGCGGUCGCCUUCUGUGCUCUUCGUCCGGCUGGCCGCGGCUGGAGCAUCGUCAGCAAAUCGUCCGCCUUCGUUGGGGGAGACCACAAUUGUCGCUCCAGAAGGAUUGACUCGGCAGCGGUGGAGGGCAGGUCGCGCGUUCGGAAGGGAAGAUGGUGGCACAAUCAGUUCCUUAUAAAACAGCACUCCUGAGGAGAAUCACAUUCCACAACACUCCCCCCGGUUCUGCACAGGGGUGACUGCUGUACCAAAACAAAAUAAAAUACAGUUGGACAUCCAAAAUUUCUCUUCUGCUCACGCCGUGAAACUUCAAAGUUCGUGUUGUGCCACCGAAAUGGUCUUGAGUGAUCUCUUCGGAGGAACGCAUUUGGUGGAUCUUGCUCCGCGUCAUGCUGAGUACUGCCUCUUAUUGCUGUCCUCUACGAUCUAGUCGGGAAUUUAGUUUCUGGGUCAACCUCGCUUCUUGGCUGAGUGAUGCCUCGGACUAUUUUUCUCUGCGAUCUAGUCGGAAAACGUCAGUCUUGGGUCAAGUCUCGCUUUUCGCCGAGGUCCUGCCACGCAUAUUGCUGUUCUCUCCAGCGAAAUUCUACCCAACAUCUCCUACAAACUUGCCAUGAAAUCCUACGUGCUUGCGUCAAGAAUUCUGACUGUCUUUCACAUGCGUAAUAUGUCCACGCUUUGCUGUUGUGUCGGUGGUGACGUGGUAGUCCCACAAACAAAGUUACGCAUCAUUCUUUUUUUUUUUUACUACCGUACUGCUUUUGGUGUGAUAAAAGCCCCUCAUACUCUUUUCGUUGCACGAUUGGCAACUAAACUCUUGGAAGCAUAACAUCCCCUCAUACGUGCUGUUGGUGGCUUGAUAACCCCUCACACGUUCAGUUAUCUCGUUCGGGACAACCGUACUCUCUCUUUCAUCCCAACAUCACACAUUUCGCAGAAUUCCGAACACAGGAAACGGUUCAGACACAAGACAAGACAAAAAAAACUUUCGGAACACAAAACAAGGCCAUAUUCGUCUUCGGACAGAGGACAUGAUCAUUUCAUUACGUGCCUGAGCGGGUCUGGGACCCUAGUAGCGGAAGUGGUGCUGCUGUAAUGCGCUGAGCCGCCCCUCGGGGGCUCGCGCAAUGGUCAGGGGGAUGUCGUCCGCGGGCGUGGUCGAUGGUUCUAGGCGCGCUCCGUGCUGCUGGCCUACCUCGUACUCUUCGCUCUCUCGCAUGACUUUUAUCUAACCCUCUCCUGCUUUCACCUUGCAGCUGACGUCCGGACUCCUGUUGACUUCGUCUGCUUCAAACCGCGCGCUCUUGUCGACGCUGCGGGAGCUAUCUUGUUCUUCGAUCCUGGCGUCCUCCGCUGCUCGGCGGGCCUCCGCUGCUUAGCGGGCCUCCGCUGCUUGGCGGGCUCCAUCUUCGCGCCUGGUAGCCAUCUUGACCCUGCUCUCGAUCGCCGCAAAGCGAUACUCCUAAACCAAGCUCGACCGCGAAUCUCGUAGACGACGUGUCAUCGCUAGCGUGAUCGAUAAUUCGGGUGGCUCAGUUGUGUGCGAUGGGAGUGUAGAGCAGCUCGGCCAUGACGGGCCGUAGGGGUAGGUAAAGUCGUACAGACGUGUUGUAUCCGUGUUGUCGUGUUGUA